CAAGCUGUCAAGCUGUCAAGUGGAGAGGCUGGGGCAGACGUUUCAGCUUCCCCCUGGCUUGGCCGCACAAAGCUCCGGCCCCUUAAAUCACAAGAAAAUCCGUUAGAAUAUUCUGAGAUAAUGUAAUGCAUCACGGGCGUACGCAAAGAGGGAGCUCCGCAUUUACACAAUUUAUAUGCACUGAGUCUUGAGUGACGACUGCUCAUUGCUAGCUAACUGGCUAGCUAGCUUAGCUAAACCGCCGCAAACCCCCUUAGUUUCGUCGGUGCACCCUUUCUGGUGUGAACCGCGGCCAGUCGGUCCGUGUCCCUGUCGCAUCUUCCGUCGCUGUGAACCGGCAUUUUGGUUAUUUGAUUGUUAGAGGGACACAAUGGGUGCAUUUCUGGACAAACCAAAGAUGGAAAAAUACAAUUCCCACGGUGAGGGUAACAACCUGAGGUAUGGGCUGAGCAGCAUGCAGGGUUGGCGGGUUGAGAUGGAAGAUGCACACACAGCAGUAAUUGGUCUGCCUCAUGGUCUUGACCCCUGGUCAUUCUUUGCUGUUUAUGACGGGCAUGCCGGCUCUCAGGUGGCCAAGUACUGCUGUGAGCACCUGCUGGAGCACAUCACCAGCAACUCAGACUUCCAGAGUGCUCUUCAGGAGGAUCCCUCAGUGGAUAGCGUGAAGAAUGGGAUCCGCACAGGAUUCUUGCAGAUCGAUGAACACAUGCGAACCAUCUCCGAGAAGAAGCAUGGUGUCGACCGCAGCGGCUCCACUGCAGUAGGCGUGAUGAUUUCUCCAAGCCAUAUCUACUUUAUCAACUGUGGCGACUCGCGGGGUCUCCUCAGCCGGGGUGGAGGUGUGCACUUCUUCACACAGGAUCACAAACCCAGCAACCCACUGGAGAAGGAGAGAAUCCAAAAUGCCGGUGGCUCAGUCAUGAUCCAGCGAGUUAAUGGGUCCCUAGCUGUGUCUCGGGCUCUGGGUGACUUCGACUACAAGUGUGUGCAUGGAAAAGGCCCGACAGAGCAGCUUGUUUCUCCAGAGCCCGAAGUUUAUGCAAUAGAGAGAUGCGAGGGAGAAGACGAAUUCAUUAUUCUAGCUUGUGAUGGCAUCUGGGAUGUCAUGGCCAAUGAGGAACUGUGUGACUUUGUGAGGUCACGGCUAGAGGUUACAGAUGAUCUUGAAAAAGUCAGCAAUGAAAUUGUUGACACCUGCUUGUACAAGGGAAGCCGAGACAAUAUGAGUGUUGUGUUAAUCUGCUUUCCUGGAGCCCCAAAGGUAUCUCCAGAAGCAGUGAAACGGGAGACUGAGCUGGACAAAUAUCUGGAGGGCAGAGUAGAAGAAAUUAUCAAGAAGCAGGGAGAUGAAGGCGUCCCAGAUCUGGUCCACGUUAUGCGGACGUUAGCGUCUGAGAGCAUCCCUAACCUCCCUCCUGGAGGAGAACUGGCAAGCAAACGAAGUGUUAUUGAAGCGGUGUACAACAAACUCAACCCUUACCGAAGUGAUGACACAGACUCUGCAUCCACAGACGACAUGUGGUAACACAACCUCCUACCACUAACACAGCAUAGAGUUUACAAACCACCAUCCUCUCAAGACCCACAGCUGCUCAGCUCAGCAGUCUGUCUCUCCGUCACUCUGAGCUUUUGGUUUCUAAGAAGGGAAUUUCAUGGGAGGAGGAGGAGGAGAAGGAGGAGAAGGAGGAGGAGGAGGAGGAAGAGGAGUUGCAUGCACACAAACCUGGAAUAGUGCAGCACCAAUUCACUCUGGAGUUCAGGAUCCCCACCGUCUUGUCUCCCCUUUAUGUUCACCCACCUUAAUAUUCUCCUCUAAAGUAAUCCAUAACAAGUGAGUCCACAAGGUUUUCUUUCUUUUUUGUUAAAUAAUCGGCUUAAGUAGUAAGAUUUUUUUUUUCCUUGAUUUAUUUUUUUUGUUUUUGCUGUAAUUAAUUUGAUUCACAUUUCCUUGUGUGUGUUUGUAUAUUUCUGUUUUUGUGAAGUGCAAUUGUCCUGUACAAACAGCCUGUAUUUAAUGCAGCUUGAUUUUAAGUUAAAAAAUGAAAGAAAUGGAAAAAGAGAACCUUUUAUGCACUAUCUGCCUUUUCCUGCUCUUCUGGAAUUCUAACAAAUGUCUAUUCAGUGAAUAUUACCGCUUGUCCUCCAGGCACAAUGUCUCUGCGCUUUUACUUUACUUCUUCUUCUUUCUUUCUUUUUUUUUUUUCUUCAGUUAGUCUAUGCUCCUUUAAGAAACGGGUAAAUUGUAUAGUUGACAGCACAGUAAGCUCUCUAUAUCAAAACCAUUUAAAUCCUAAUUAUUAUUUUUUCCCCUCUGCUUUUUUUUUUUUUUUUUUUUUAAUUGUAUUUUACUUUUGUAAGUGGUUUUCUGUACAUGCUCAAAUAAUACUGGCAAGGUGUUUCUCAAUCAUUUUGAAAGUAUGAAGUGGUAAAAUAAUCUUUUUUUCUUUUUUUUUUUCCUCAUUUUUGCAAAGAUCUCUGGUGAUGAGUCCCAUGAUAACAUGUUAGUCUGUGCUAAUAGAUACUUGCAAGCGUGCGUGGGUGCUUGUGUGUAUGUAUGUGCGCACGUGCGUUAGUGGAAAGGCAGAUCUGUUUGUGCAACUCUUAAUUUCAAUUUGACGGUUCAGACGACAAAACCAGGCGACGGGAAUCGCUUUCCCCCCUCAUGCUCACCCAUCGUAGCCAGUGUUUCCAUAUCGACCCAACUUAGGCUCUCACUACUUUCUAAUUUGGAUAACAAGAGUUUACACGUCGUUACUCAUAUUUGAACAACUUCAAGCUAUAUUUCAAAAACUUGACUGUAACCUGAGAUGACACAAGUAGUCUGAUUUACCAGAGGUGUGCGGUGGUUCGCAGCUAGUCAGGCGUUCACUAGCUUAUUUAAAUACACAUUUCUAAGCGUACAUCUACACCAGUGACCACUGUGGGUGCCAUAUGAUUUUAUUUUUUAAUCUCAUUUUUCAGCUUUAUGACAGCCUAUGCCAAGUUUUGUUUUUUUCCUUUUUCACGAGAUUCAUUUUUUUGUAUGUGGUACAGAUAGAUUUUAACUUUAACAUCUGAUAAUUUGACUGACAGUUGAAGCACUGAGUAUUUUAGACAGAAUCACACAUCAGCAGGCCAAAAAUAGACGAGAAAAAAUGUAAAAAAAACUGUCGGCUCAUGAACUCACAAGGCUAUUUUUUUUUUUUCACAUGGUCUUUAUUUGGACAUUUACAACAAGAACAAAUCCGCUGAGUUCUCAUGGUUGUAUAGCACCUUUCUAUUCCCAUCAGGGUUGCUCUGCUUCACACCCCCACGGCUCCACAUGCCACAGCACAAUGCAGUUUGCUGCUACAGUGUAUGAUCUGUGGGUUCACUUUGCUUUUUUUUUUUUUUUUCCUCCUUAACGUCCCCUCUGAGAACGUAGUCACUGACUAAACCUGUAUUUAACACACGCAGUAGAGAUAUUUCUUGAAGAGAAAUGGUUUUAUUUCAGAUUUAUUUUCUGCCAUUUUUUUUUUUUUGUCUUGCAUUGUUGGAAAUUUAUGUAUGUAUAUAUUUUUGACUUAAAUUUUCAAGGAAUAAAUCAUUUGGCUUGAGCUAGUUUUUUUGCCAUUGACAAAAAUGUGAUUCUGGUUUGUCUUGAGAUGGGUAGUUCUGUUGUUGUGUUGUGGCAAACAAAGGUCUCCCUGUGAUUAGUCACUGUUGUGAUCAGCGGUGAAGAAUUGAACGGCUCCCUUUAUUAUAAACUUCUUGACUCAUCAGAAUGACAAUCCUAACGGUGUCGCCACGUUCAGCUCUGUGGUGCUUAGCUAGUUAUUAAAUCUUAAUCCAGAUUAGCUGCUUUCUAACACGCUUUUGUGGCACAAAAAUGCCAAAGACGCCAAAGUCUGCACCGUAAUAAGUCACAGUUUCAAAAAGAACGAGCUGUAACACUGCAGAACAUAAAAUGUCAGGCUGUUGGGGAACAACUCUGAGGAUGUUUUUGUUCCAUUAGUUGGCUUUUAAAGGUACUCUGUGGAGUUUUGACAUCGGUGAUGUUGUGGAGAAAUGUUUUGAUGAGCUGGAUUUCGUUCUGCAGGCGCACUCACACGAGGACGGACAUGCAGGACAAACGCAUGGGGGGCGUGAAAUGUUGUUCCCCCGACUGCAGGGGGCAGUAAUGUAUAUAUAUCAACAGGUGGUGUCAUGGUAACGUGGCAUUAAGAAGCAUGUAAGAAAUGAGAAUUGAAAGCGCUGAUUCCAAAACAAACAGAAAGAGCCCGUGAGAGUGUUCUGGAAAAGUUUGGUCGGCCUUAAAGCAAAAUGCUGAUAACUGUUGAAUGUAACCUGACUGUGUUCACGGUGGAGACUCCAGCGGGUACCUUUAACCAGCCAUCUACAGAAAAAACACAAAUAAGUGGGAGCUGACUCACGUUUACCAACAUGUCAAAUAGGAUGUUUGUGUUCUGCAUGAAAAUGUGGCUCCACGUUAAUCUUCCUUUCCAUAAAAAAGCAACAGAAACAAACAGCUGAGCAGUACUAAUGUCUUUAAACUCACAUCUUUUUGGUUUAAGAUUAAAAUACUGUAUUUCCACCGUAAUGCUUGUAUACCUACUGUACUCACAUCAUGUAAAACGCUCGGUUUAUUUAGCGUGUUUGAGGGGAAAAGUGUAUUUGAAAAUGCUUUUUAUUUAGCUAAGCAGUUUAUAUUUAAUCUGUCAGCUAUUUAUUUUCCUCUGCGUAGCUUCUGUUUGUUAAGUAAGUGCACUAAAUGUCUCUUAUCUAACGUUUGUCAGCACCCAGCUGCUUGUUGCAAACCUGGUAGGUAUUAAUGACUCUGAAAGGAACAUUUCAUGCCUUUUUUUUUUUUUCCUUCAAGCUUAAUGAGGAACAAACAUUUUUUUUGUGUGUUGAGGAAGUCGAUGACCGCGUAGCCCCCCGGCCCGUCCUGCGUUUUGUCUUUUCAAAUUUAGAAUCUGUGAUGCGGCCCUUAGAUAGCGCUGGUUGAUCUCCCAUUUCUACAAUAGACUCAUAAGACUUGUAGAAAUGAUUUUUAUUUAAAAUAUUAAAAUUAGCUGGAAUGUUAGCGGAUACUGACGGUGGCUUGUUUGUUUUAAUCCUGUAAAAUGUCUCAUCGCUCCCCCGAAACUGAACAAACGAUUAUCCCAAAUAUAUAUUAUGUUUGUUUAAAUUUUUUUUCAUUAACUGAAAUACCUCAUAACCUUUAUAGGAAGUGUUUUUUUGUCUUUUGUUAAGCGGUUCACUCUAACGACAGGAUGUUUUCUGAUGUUUCCUCCCUAGAACCUACUAUUUUAACACUGAUCUAUUUGAAUGGGACGUGGUGACGCUCGUGUACAGUGUUUGACUGAAUUGUGCUGAUGUUAAACGGAUCGAGUAACGACUUAAGAAGCUACUGCAAACGACAGCUUGUUUUAGGAACUAGAAACACUAUCGGCCUUGUCCUCACCCCUCCCACCCAAACGAACGCUCACCUGUGUAACUUCACCCACUCGUCCACUCGUGUGAUGCUCACUUAGCUCAAAUCUAUAAUUGUAUUGAGAGUUCAGGGUUUUAGAAAUGUGAGAUGUGUGAGAAAAUAAGUGUGACUAAAUGACGAUAGUCAUAUGCACUGAUCAUCUGUAUAAUCAGCUUUUUUUUUUUUUUUUUCCUUUCAGAAAAUUGUUAUUGUAGAGAAGAAAAAAACAAAAAGAUUAUAAAGCUAUUUACAGAGUUACCUUUGGUUGCCUGGAAUCCAUCCUGUAUAUUCUUGUAUGGAGGACUACCUGGCAGAAGUUAAAGAGAUUUUAAAUGCUUGCGCCCUCUUGUACAUAUCGAUGUACCUCAGUUGUGGCGUUUACUGUGUGACCCUUAGUAGUGCUGGUUGGUUCGUCCCCUUACAGGGCGGCCGGAGCCUCACUUCGCUGACCUUUUUCAGCUCAUAAAUAAGCUCACCGAUUUGCCUUACCCAAUCUCAUCUUGCCCCCCUCCGCCCCGCCGCCCCCCAAAUACUCGUUCAACAAAACACUAUGAGGCGUAAUGCUGCUGACAUUACAUCCUGACAGAUUCAGAAACCUUUGUCCAUUCUAAGGUACUUAAGCUAUCAACAAAGUGACUUUGUCCUGGUUAUCACAAGGUACAACUUUUCAACCAUGGCUGGUUUGUAUUCUGUUUUGUUUUCCAUGUUACCGUAUUGAAUCUCGGUCUUGAAAGCUUAUUUAAUUUCCACUGCAGAUGAUGUCAUACUUUUAACAAAUGCAAGUGUUUUAACAUGGUAACCUCGUAAGCAUUCGAAAUGUGCAUACAUACAUUCAUGUCUGCUCUAUUUAUGAUUACAUUCAAGAAUAGCUUUAGAGUGCUGUAGUUAAGUAUUGUCAAUGUUGAUUCAAAUGCUUCUCAGAGGCCUCUGUGAGUGAUUUUACAAAGUUCAAUAACUGUAUAUUUUGUAUUAUGUUCUAGCUCCAAAGGAAUGGCAGAAAAAAGAAAAAAAAAAGAAAUGUUUAAAAAAGCUUUGUUCCCUGAACUAAAUUGUACUAUUUGUGUUGUCGAUUGAACAAAUUGCAUUCCUUGCUUGUGAAUAGAUGCAUUUUUCUCCCUGCUCCUUAAAUUUUCUCCCCUUCUUUCCCUCCUUUCUUUCAUUUUUUAGCCUUUGAAGUUUGAAUAAAAUUUCUAGUUUGCAGAAUGUAUUACUAAAUAAAUGGGUUGUCAUCUUGUA